AUGGCACAACCUGGCGCCUUCGAUCAGAAAUUGGAAAGUAGAACAGCACCCGGGAAUCACAACAAUGCGACACCUGCACCGGUAACACCAUUGGAAAAUGCCAGGAACCAAGGGGAAGAUCUAGAAGCAAGCCUCCCAACCGCCAACAACCCGAACGGAAACCUCUCCAAAGAAGAUGACGACCAGAUUCUCCAACAAAAGUCCGCGCGACGAGGACGCUGGGGUGAAAUCGUCAGCACAAAUCAUGCAGACCUGAUAUUCAUCCUCUGCUCGUUGACGACUGGAUUAUGUGACGGUGUCGUUUAUGCGUCCUUUGGUUGUUUCAUCAGUAUGCAAACAGGAAAUACAAUUUUCGUGGGGUUGGGUGCCUCGGGUAUACCGACAAAUAAACCGUACGGAUGGCUCAAAUCAUUGAUCUCAAUCACGGGAUUUUUCACUGGAUCGUUCGUAUUCGCAAAGAUAAUGCGUGCAGUCGGGAACCGGAAGAGGGGCGCAUUGACAAUCUGUUUCGCUGCCCAGGCUAUCUUCAUAUUUAUUGCUGCAGCAGUUAUCGAAGAUAAUCAACCUACUAGCGGCUCACUAUUUUUGGAAUUGAUUCCCAUCGCGCUCCUGGCGUUUCAAUUUGGUGGACAGAUUACGGCUAGUCGUGGAAUGGGAUUCAACGAGUUACCAACUGUGGUGUUGACUUCGGUGUAUUUCGAUAUCGCAUCUGACCCGAAACUUACGGAUGGUGUUACGAAGAAUGUGAAACGGAAUAGACGCAUUGGGUCAGCUGUCGCUAUCCUUGUGGGUGCCAUCGCUGCAGGUUGGCUAUGUCGCAGUGAUGCUGAGAUGCAGAGCGCCUUGUGGAUUUCGGGAUUUUUGAAAGUAUGCAUUGCUGUUGGAUGGACUGUGUGGCCCGUGGCUGAGAAAACCUAUCAGACGAAUGAGAACGAGAAUGACGUGCCGCGGCCAGACGAUGGCGAGAACUGGGGCAGCCCUGGAUUACUGCUUAAAUAG